ACCGCGAAUCAGUGACCUUAGUUGUGGAGCACCCGAAAGCUGAGAGUGAUUCGGAUUCAAAUUCUGAGGUUUCCAGAGAAGUCCAUAUAUCAAGUAAAAAAUGGCAAGCGGUUGCAAAAUUUCUUGGCUUUUACUGGAUUUUCACAAAGUGGAAGGAAAUAUUCUUCAGUUCAUGUGUGUUUGCUGUUUUACUGGAUCCUUUGUUCCUCUACAUUCCGAUAAUGAACUAUGAUAUGAAGUGUUUGCAAUUCGACGGAAACCUGAAGACGGCAACUCUCAUCUUACGAUCAAUUACAGAUCUCUUUUACAUAAUGGACAUCAUUGUUCAAAUUCAUAGAUACAAGGACUACUCCUCUCUGUUUCCAACAAUAGCAAAGACGAUUGGGAGGUCCUACAUCAUGAUUGACAUUUUAGCUAUCCUUCCCUUUCCUCAGGUAGUAUUUCUCACUUUGUCUUCGAAAACGAGGGCUUCGAGAUCUUUGAGUACGAGGAAGCUUCUUAUGAACUUUUGUCUUCUGAUACAAUAUGUGCCACGGGUUCUUCGCAUUUACUUGCUGUGUAAGGAACCUAGAAAAUCUCCCAAGGCCACAGAGACUGCAAUAUGGGUAAAAGGAGUACUAAAUUUCUUCAUGUAUAUCCUUGCUAGCCAUGUUAUUGGAGCCGUAUGGUAUUUUUUCGCUGUCCAAAGAAUGCUAGAUUGCUGGCAAUAUGCCUGUCGAAAUGAAAGUGGAUGCGACACUAGUACUUUUGGCUGUCAUGAACAUCGUACAGUUAGAAAUAUCAAAUUCCUGAAUGAUAUUUGCCCCAUAGAUCCGCCAGAAGCAAAGCUCUUUGAUUUUGGUAUAUAUCUCAGUAUUCUUCAGUCUAGUAUACCGAGAUCAACCAAUUUCCAACAAAAAGUCUCCAACUGUUUUUGUUGGGGCCUCCGCAAUUUGAGUUCUCUUGGUUCAAAUCUCCAGCCCAGUACUAAUACAACGGAGAACCUGUUUGUGGCAUUUGUUUCUAUAAUCGGCUUGCUACUAUUUAUAUAUCUUAUCGGAAAUUUGCAGGUUGGUAAUCUGGCACAAGCUUUGAAGAUUUUGAUUCCAUGA